CUUACGGACAUGCAGCGCAUACAAACACACGUGCAACCCGAAUAGCAUGACCAGUGCCGUGAACGUGUUGGAUAACGGAGGUCAAUACUACGUGGUUUCACAGAUUUAAUACAAGUGCAAACUUAUUAAAAGCACUCAACGGAUUGGAACAAAAAGUAUGACGAGCCAGCAAUUGAAAUCCUCAAAAUCAAGCGGCAAAUACAAAGCUGUGAAUGGAGCUGAAGAUAAGAAGGCUGGUGGCAUCUUCAGCAAUGGUGACAGUUCCGACAUGGCGUUGACGACGGCGGCAGUAACAUCAACAGCUGGGCGCUCGCCGAUUCUUACGGCCGACCAGGCAGCGGAGCUCGGGGGCUACGACUUCACUUUUGAGAAUAUCGUCUUCGAGGGUGGAGGAAAUAAGGGUCUUUCUGCUACAGGGGCGAUUCGGGUUCUUGAAGAGCUCGGAUACUGGAGUAAAAUCACUCGAUUCGCUGGGGCUAGUGCUGGGGCCAUGAUCACCGCUUUGGUUUGUGUCGGGUACAAUUCACAUGACAUUGAAGAAUUCCUUUGUGGAGACAUUGGGAAAGUGUUUCUUGAUGCAAGGUUUGGCGUACUGAGUUUUCUACCGAACAUGUUGCUGCAUUACGGCUGCCAUCCCGGCGAGAAGAUAAAUCGAUGGUUUGGUGAGAAAGUCAAGUCAAAAAUGGGCAAUGCUGACUUGACAUUUGAAGAGCUGUACAGUAAAACCAAGCGUGAGUUGUGCAUCACUGUAACCAAUAUGAACAGUAUGGACUGUACAUACUGUCAUGUUAAAACAACACCAGAUAUGCCGAUCAGGAAGGCUGUACGAAUGUCGGCUUGCAUUCCAGGUGUGUUUUGCCCAGUACAAGUAACCCAUCCAGUUAACAAAACGCAUGACUACUUUGUGGACGGAGGAAUGCUAUGUAACUACCCAAUUCACUGCUUUGAUGGUUGGUAUCUGUCAAUGGAACAUCAAGAUUCAUUUCUGAAGAAGGUUCAACGAUUAGCAGAGUUACCCAAGCUGUGGGAUCCCCGGGAACGUUUUGGCAAAAGGAAUGACAAGACGAUUGGGAUUCUUCUGUACUCUGCAGGAGAGAAAGAAGUCAUGAAGGAUGUCUUGAAGGAACGAUUCAAAGACCGAAUCAUUGAGUCUGAGAGAAUCCCACAUCCCGAGACAAAACUUGCCAAUCAACGUGCAGAUAAAAUAAGAAAACUAGAGAGUGCUGCAAAGGAACACGGUGAACUUGUAGCGUCAAUGUCGAGAUUCAUGCAGGUACUGGACGAGUGUGAUAUCGACGAGAGUGGAACCAUCAGCGUAGACGAGUUUAAUACUGCCAUGCAUAAGAAACCUUCAAAGUUUACAGAUGAGGACAAGACGCGACUAUUUGGGGAAGACUUCCGAGAUACUGAAGCAUUGUUCAAGAGAUUAGACACGUCAUCAGAUAAUCAAAUAAGUUUCAAGGAACUGCUUUCGUUUGCGGACAAGAAAGGGUUGAGUAUCAUGGAACACUUCCGGGGUUACCAAAGGCAGGAAAUUACGAGUUUACGUAGCUACUUUGGUACGUUAAUGGAAACCUUGCUGCUCAAUAUGAAAAGAAUAUUCAUUCAGGCAGGAGAUGUCGACCGAACUAUUGGAAUUGACACUGGCUACCUGGACACACUAGACUUCAAAAUGGAGAAACCAGAUCAGAUUUAUUUGGUUGAGCAAGGAAAGCUGGGCUGCAUUGCAUAUCUCCGUGAGCUUAUCGAUGGGAAUUCGAUGGUUCGUAAAUAACACGGAAACAACUUAUCCUCUGAUGACAAGAAUUUACCACCUUCCUGCGGGACCAUGUUGGGAGUCAAAUUGCAAUGAAUGUAUUCUUUGUAGUACAAACAUGGAGGUAGAUCAACCAACCAUGCAUGCGUGGAACUGCUGGGAACCAGACAUUGGAAACCAUCUGAGUGUAGACAACCUUCAAAAUGGCAGAGACGACCCCCCAGUAUAUCAUCAUCAUAUGCCUUUUUGAAGAAUUCCAGGCUUACCUUUAUAGGGCUUACCAACAAUCAAUUGCUAAUGUCUUUCGCCUACGUACCAGCUUGUUUUAUGUGAGCUAGUAUAUGACUGCUUCGAGUGCUAUGGUUUAACCAUUUCACGAGUAAAAGCAGUCAAUAUUUG